AUGGCUGCCAUCACUCCCAUUAUUCCACCGCCGCCAGGAGUGACCUCAAAUUUUGACCACCCAACAGAUGUUUUACGAACAGUAAACCUUGUGACGCAGUACUUGACUAUAGCAGUUGUCACAAUCUUUGUCGCGACUCGUCUCAUCAUCAAAUAUUACCGCUACUCCAGGUUUGACAUUGAGGAUUUUAAAGUUUCAUAUCAUGGCGGUGGAUACCACGCCUGGGAUGUCCCUCAACCCGAGCAACGGGAAUUCCUCAAGAUCUCAUAUGCUGUCACGAUUCUCUACGUUCCAAUGGCAUUCUCUGUGAAGGUGGCACUGCUAGCCAUCGUCAUCCGAAUCUUCAAUCCAGAUCGCAAGAAGGUUCUCGGCGUCUACAUAAUCUUGGGAGUACUCCUGUUAUAUUAUAUUCCAGCUAUCUUUUUGAAGAUUUUCUUUUGUAUACCCAUCUCGGGCUACUGGGAAGGUGCCGCAAGCGGAGCCAAAUGCUUAAACCAACAAAACUUGAUUACUGCAGACGCGGUCAUCAGUAUGGUCAGCGACUUCGCAAUUCUCGUCCUACCAUUGCCGUUGACGUGGAGCCUUCACAUUAGAAAAACCAAGAAACUGCGGGUUAUUGGCAUCUUGGGAGCCGGAGGUGUUGCCACCGCGUUCAGCGUUUGGAGGCUUGUCAUAAUGGUUGAGCAAGGCGCUUCACCCAAUUUCACUAUCGUCUUUAUUCGAAUCGUGCUCACUGGCAACGCGGAGGCUGGCAUUGGCUUGAUCUGUGCCUGUUUGCCAGUCAUAAGCUCCUUUUAUACCUAUCGCAAGAAGAGCUCAAGCGAAGUCCACCAGAGCCCCGCCCAAAGUUACGAACUCUCCAGCUGGCAGAAAAUCUCAGCGAAUGCGAAAUUCCCCCCCCGAAAUCGCGAUUAUCCGAAUCUAUCGCCAGAUCAAGCAGAGUUAAUCUGCACCGUAGAAGCGGCCACAACGCAGUCAGCUGUUGAAGACUCGGGCGCGAGCAACUGUUCUCGAGAGAAUACAAUGAAUCAUGGCGGAAUCCACAAAAGUGUUCAUGUUGUGGUUACAGGCGAAAGGGAAAAAUAUUAG